UCCAUAUUUAUAGAGGAACCCGGCGCCUCACGGACGGACAGACAUGCCGUGCUUCUGAAGUGACUGCUUCAAGUUGGGCACAGCAACAUCAGAACACAACUCUUCCUGCUCCUCGGAGAUUUUCGAAGAGAAGAUAACUAAAGGGUAACGGUUAUUUCCACUGUUUUGAAACGAGUGGUGUUACAGCACACAGGGGUGUCACCAUGCAGGAUCCUGAGUCCAGCGUGUGUCAGCUCCAGCCAAACAUCAUCUCUGUGCGCCUCUUCAAGCGCAAGAUAGGCGGGCUGGGUUUCCUAGUCAAGCAGCGGGUGUGCAAUCCGCCCGUCAUCAUCUCUGACCUGAUCCGCGGUGGCGCAGCCGAGGAGUGUGGCCUGGUGCAGGUGGGCGACAUAGUCCUGGCCGUCAACAACAAGCCCCUGGUGGACCUGAGCUACGAGCGGGCGCUGGAGACGCUAAAGAACGUCUCACCUGAGAGCCACGCCGUGCUGAUCCUCCGGGGGCCGGAGGGCUUCACUACGCACCUGGAGACUACUCUGAGCGGGGACGGGCGGCCCCGGACGGUGCGCGUCACCAGGCCCGUGCGCCCGCUGGCGGCCAGGCCCUGCGAGCGCUGCUUGCCCCUCGCGCCGGGCACAGCUAAAGAGCUGCGCGCCAUCGAGAACCUCUCCUCUGGCUCCUCCCCCCGCAAGGAGGCAAGGGACGCCCUGCUGAGGGAGGGGGGACUGCUUUUGAACGGCGUGGCGGACAGUGACGAGCUGCUGGAGGAAAUCGAGCCCGUGCUGAAGUUGAUCAAGAGCGGUGGGAGCAAACGGGAGAUGAGUGGAGACGGGCCACGAGGCAGCGUGGAGAAGCGGGACGUGGAGGUGCAGGUGGAGAGAGGCCUUGGUGUGGGGAUAGAUGGCAACAUACAUCUGGCGUCCCAUAACGACAGAGUGUUCGAUGACCUCUGGAGAAAAGACUCUAUGCCUACAGUGCUGAACAACCCAUACUCACAGAGUGACAAGUCACCACCCCAGGACAAAGGGUCCCCUACUAAGACCCUUCAAAAUGGGAGUCCCACCAAAUGCCCCAAGUACAUGAAGGUAAAGAACUGGGAGACUGGGGUGGUGUACAACGACACCCUACAUCUCAAUGCCGACAAGGUGCCGAUCUGCACUGAGAGAGUGUGCAUAGGCUCGGUGAUGGUGCCAAACCAGGGUCGCAAACCAGAUGAAGUCCUAACCAAAGAGGAACUGUUGCCCCUGGCCACAGACUUCAUCAAUCAAUACUACACUUCAAUCAAAAGGUGUGGGUCCAAGGCACACAUGGACAGACUGGAGGAGGUGAAGAAAGAGAUAGAAUCUUCUGGAACAUACCAGCUUAAAGACACUGAGUUGAUAUACGGCGCCAAACACGCCUGGAGGAAUGCUGCCCGUUGUGUAGGGAGAAUCCAGUGGUCCAAGCUACAGGUGUUUGAUGCUCGAGACUGCACAACAGCUCACGGGAUGUUUAACUACAUCUGUAAUCACAUCAAGUAUGCCACUAACAAAGGCAACCUUAGGUCGGCUAUCACCAUUUUCCCCCAGAGGACAGAUGGCAAGCAUGAUUUCCGGGUAUGGAAUAGCCAGCUAAUUCGCUACGCCGGCUACAAGCAGGCCGACGGGUCUGUGCAGGGAGACCCCGCCUCCCUGGAGCUUACUGAGAUCUGCAUACAGCAGGGAUGGAAGGCCCCCAGAGGACGCUUUGAUGUCCUGCCCCUUCUGCUCCAGGCCAACGGCAACGAUCCUGAGCUGUUUGAGAUCCCAGAUGACCUUGUGCUGGAGGUGGACAUCAGGCAUCCUAAGAUUGAACGUUUCAAGGAGCUUAACCUGAAGUGGUACGGCCUGCCUGCUGUGGCCAACAUGCUUCUGGAGCUAGGGGGCCUGCAAUUCACCGCGUGUCCCUUCAGUGGCUGGUACAUGGGCACAGAGAUCGGCGUCCGAGACUUCUGUGACAGCUCCCGCUACAACAUCUUGGAGGAAGUGGCUAACAUAAUGGGGCUGGACACCAGGAAGACGUCAUCUCUGUGGAAGGACCAGGCUCUGGUGGAGAUCAAUAUCGCAGUGCUCUAUAGUUACCAGAUGUCCAAGGUGACCAUUGUGGACCACCACUCGGCCACAGAGUCCUUCAUGAAGCACAUGGAGAACGAGUACAGGGUGAGGGGCGGUUGCCCUGGUGACUGGGUGUGGAUCGUACCCCCCAUGUCGGGCAGCAUAAUGCCUGUCUUCCACCAGGAGAUGCUCAACUAUCGCCUCACGCCCUCCUUCGAGUACCAGCCUGAUCCAUGGAAUACGCAUGUGUGGAAAGGAGUAAACGGAACACCCACAAAGAAAAGAGCAAUCGGCUUCAAGAAACUUGCUAAGGCCGUAAAGUUCUCAGCCAAGCUCAUGGGACAGGCCAUGGCAAAGAGAGUCAAAGCUACUAUCUUGUUUGCCACAGAGACUGGCAAAUCUCAGGACUAUGCAAAGACGCUCUGUGAGAUUUUCAAGCAUGCUUUUGACGCAAAGGUCAUGUCCAUGGAAGACUAUGAUGUGGUGCACUUGGAGCAUGAGACCCUGGUUUUGGUGGUCACCAGCACAUUCGGCAAUGGAGACCCACCUGAGAACGGUGAGAAAUUUGGUGCAGCACUAAUGGAGAUGAGACACCCCACCACAAGUGCAGAGGACAGAAAGAGCUACAAGGUGCGGUUCAACAGUGUGUCCUCAUACUCGGACACCCGCAAGUCCUCCAGCGAUGAGGCUGAGCCCAAGGCUAACUUUGAGAGCACAGGACCACUCGCCAAUGUCAGGUUCUCGGUGUUUGGUCUGGGCUCACGGGCCUACCCACACUUCUGUGCAUUUGCCCACGCCGUGGACACGCUGUUCGAAGAGCUGGGUGGCGAGCGCAUCCUGCGCAUGGGGGAGGGCGACGAGCUCUGUGGUCAGGAGGAGGCCUUCAGAACCUGGGCCAAAAAAGUCUUCAAGGCUGCCUGUGACGUGUUCUGCGUCGGCGAUGACGUGAACAUCGAGAAGGCGAACGAUUCACUGAUCAGUAACGACCGUAGCUGGAAGAAGAACAAGUUCCGCCUGACGUAUACGGCCGAGGCGCCCACCCUAACGCAAGCGCUCUACAGCAUCCACAAGAAGAAGGUCUAUGGGGCAAAGGUCAUACUGCGUCAGAACCUGCAGAGUGUCAAAUCAAACCGGUCCACCAUAUAUGUCCAGCUCCAUGCCAACAACCAUGAGAGCCUGAAAUACCUGCCCGGAGACCAUUUGGGCAUCUUCCCCGGCAACCACGAAGACCUGGUGACAGCCCUUAUAGACAAACUCGAAGACGCUCCUCCUGCCAAUCAGAUUGUGAGGGUGGAGUUUUUGGAGGAGAGAAACACAGCAUUGGGGGUAAUCAGCAAUUGGACAGACGAGAGCCGCAUUCCUCCCUGCACCAUCUACCAGGCGUUCAAGUGCUUCCUGGACAUCACCACUCCCCCCAGUGCUCUGCUGCUCCAACAGUUCGCCCCACUGGCCACUAGCGAAAAACAGCGCAAGAGGCUGGAGGUCCUCAGCAAGGGUCUACAGGAGUAUGAGGAGUGGAAAUGGUAUAACAACCCGACCAUGGUGGAGGUGCUGGAAGAGUUCCCCUCCUUGCAGGUGCCAUGCACGUUGCUCCUCACCCAGCUCCCCCUGCUCCAGCCCAGAUACUACUCCAUCAGCUCCUCGCCAGACCUCCACCCGGGUGAGGUCCACCUGACCGUGGCUGUGGUCUCCUACCGCACACGGGACGGUGCCGGUCCCAUACACCACGGCGUGUGCUCCUCAUGGCUCAGCAGCUUAGAGCCGGGCGACAUGGUCCCGUGCUUUGUCAGAGGGGCACCAACGUUCCGCAUGCCAAAAGACAGCAAGGUUCCAUGCAUUCUGGUCGGCCCGGGCACGGGGAUUGCCCCCUUCAGGAGCUUUUGGCAACAAAGACUCUUUGACCUGGAAAAUAAAGGAAUCAAGUCAUGUCCAAUGAUCUUAGUGUUUGGGUGUCGACAGUCACAAAUGGACCACAUCUACAGAGAAGAGACGAUCCAGGCCAAGAACAAAGAAGUGUUUGAGGAGCUCUAUACUGCAUAUUCCCGUGAGCCUGGAAGACCAAAGAAAUAUGUUCAGGAUGUCCUUCGCGAGCAGUUGUCGGAGACAGUGUACCGGUGCCUGAAGGAGGAAUGGGGCCACAUCUACGUGUGCGGAGAUGUGACCAUGGCAGGCGACGUCCUCAAGACCAUCCAGCAGAUCAUCAAACAGCACGGCAACAUGUCCCUGGAGGACGCCGGCUUCUACAUCAGCAAGCUGAGGGAUGAAAAUCGCUAUCACGAAGACAUUUUUGGUGUUACUCUGCGAACAUACGAGGUUACAAACCGGCUCAGAUCAGAAUCCAUCGCGUACAUAGAAGAAAGCAAGAAAGACUCAGAUGAGGUGUUUUGUUCAUAGGACAUCGUUUCCAUUUCUGGCUUGAGUCUCACACAGGCAGGGUGACGGGGAGGCCGAACAAGAGCCCAGAACUCCCGUCCUGUUUCACAAAACUGUGCCAAGAUUGUUUUCUUUCCUUUUUCCUUUACCGUACUUGUUCUCGCGCUUUGCUAGUUUCUACUUGCCCUGCAUCUCUCUGCUCAGAAUGUGCAGGUAUGAUGACAGGUGCAUGUUUCCUUCUGAAUUAGCUUUUUAUUUAAUCUAUGUUCAUAUGGUUUGUUUGUUUGUUUGUUUAUUUAUUUAUUAUUAAGCUGUGUGAACUGAGCACCUGAACUCAAACUGCCUAUUUGUGAAUGCAUGAGCAAGAGCCAUAAUGUCAAGAGUUGUAGUCCUGGUAUUUUAAAAUUUACAAGCAUGUAUUUAGUUAUUAAGUGUUGGUGAUAAACUAUUUACUUUUGGGUUUAGUGAAUGAAAGGGUCACUGUGCACAUAAUAAUGUGUCUGGAUUAGAAAUUCUUGCACAGGCGCCCGUGGUAGACAGCCUCGUCUGUGUUUUUUUUUGUUUUGUUUUGUUUUUUUUAUCCGUGAUGAUUUACGUGCAUGUUUUGUGAUUUCUGAGCAAAAAAAAAAAAAUCGGCAGCUUCAGCGCUGAACAUGGCUGGGGUGUUAACCUCCAAAACGAGGCACGUGAGCCCAGCCAGUCUUAAUCCCAGCCUGGAAUGGGAUAGAAAUCUUUUUAUUUUUGCCCUUUUUUGUUGCUGUUUUUACUCCCACUUCUCUCUCGUGAAGCCCCAUGUCACGCUUGGCUUGAGCAGAGUGUGCAGGGAAAUUCAGGAAGCGGAAUGGGAGAGAAAACAGAAUAUUGCUUUGGUCUCCUCUCAGACAUCGUGUGAGUCAGAGAGGCAGGAAUAUUCGGUUUGGCCACUGAGGUGUUUUCGCAGAUUUAUGUCAGAAAAAAAUGUGUCUGAAAAUGAUGUGCUUUUAAACUGAGAGAAAAUAAAGAUGAGGUAAUGUAAGUUUUAGACCAAUGGGAUUUUCAGAUGGAGAAUUAUGACUGAUAUGUCGCGAAAUGGGAGAGCAGACGGAGCUCAUGGAUCUGCACGUGUGAACUGGAUUUAGGUUCCGUGAAAUGGCCCGGACAAUGAAUCAAAGUUGAAUCUCUAGUCACAGAGGUUCCUAGGUUACAGAAAGCAACAAUGUGCGGGAGAAAACCGAGGCAGUCAUAAUACCAAUCUUUUCACAGGCUUAGAACUUAUAAAAAGGUUCUCGUCUUGCCUCCAUGAGCAUUCUUAACAUAAUGGGCCAGAUUCAUAAAACUUCAUGGUAACUUCUCUACGCCUCGCAAAAGGUGCCACACGGUAUUUAAUUCCUAUUCAUAAAGUCGCUGUGGCGAUAUUUCGCACACGCCUCAGUAAAUCCACCUGUUCCCAAGGUGAAAGACGAUCAGAAUCAACAUAUAAAUGAGGCUAUACAUAUUAAAGAGCCACGCUAAGCAACAGAUGACUGACCAACCUCAGACGUGACACCAGUGGUAUGCUGAAAACAGCCAGUUGCGUGAAUAUGUAAUGCAUUUGUAACUUUCACCAAAAUUGGAAGUGGAUGGUUGUGCUGAGAUGAUCAUUUCAGUUCUUGUAAAUCAUGGCAGAGCCACAAAAUUGUAUUGCUCUUCAGUCUAUGUCUGUUAUAGUUUUCUGCUUUGUAACACCUAAAUAUGCAUUUCUUAUGACAAAGGUUCAUGGCGAUCUGAGGUUUGCUCAAGCAAGUUACCUUCCUCUUCGUGUAGGCCUGCAGCUGUAAAGUUUGCCAUCCUUCUCACUCCAAACAGACCAAAAUGUGCCUUUUAAAUAAAUCUGUCAAUUAGCUAAGUGUCUAGAAUUUUGUUGAUGUCUUGUACGUAUGAUCCAUAUUGAAUUCUUACCAGGAAACGUACAGCUUCAGGUGAUGUGUUUGCAGAGCUGUAUUCUAUUAUCAAUUGCCAACAUAAUAUACGAUUGAGGACAAAAUGUGGCAGAACAAUAUAUCACAGAAAAGGUCAAAUGUGCCAGCAAUCCACAUUUAUGAAUGUGGAAAUGUGUUACUCCGGCACUAAUUGCUGUUGACGUUAUUUUAAAUCUGACAAUAUGUUUUAUGAAUUUGGCCCAGUGUCGUUUAGAUUCCAGAAGGGACCAUUUUCUUGUAAACUACAUCAAGAUGUGUGUUUCUCCAGGGGCACCAAGAUAACAACACUGCCAGACUAUCAAAUAGUUGCCAUGGUAGUGGGCCCCCCCCCUUUUUUUUUUUUUUUUUUAACAAUGACCAAUGACCAGACAUAUUUACAAUAAUCCUGAUUAGGUGGAAAAACAUCCAUGUCAGUCCUUUUGCUUCAUUCGGAUGUUGCUCCCUUUAAAAUUGGUGCCCAUUCAGUGAGGGAACCUUCCUGUUUCCUUAGCGCUUCCUUAUGCAUUUGGCAAAUAUGCUGCUUUGCUUUGACCCCGUGUAGGCCCUGUGCUGGGUUUCUUUUUCCAGAAAGAAAUCUAACCUCAAGAAUGACUUAACCAGGCUGAUUUACAUGUCAGGUUUGGAGUCAGGUCUGCGGAGGAAUGACUUAACCAGGCUGAUUUACAUGUCAGGUUUGGAGUCAGGUCUGCGGAGGAAUGACUUAACCAGGCUGAUUUACAUGUCAGGUUUGGAGUCAGGUCUGCGGAGGAAUGACUUAACCAGGCUGAUUUACAUGUCAGGUUUGGAGUCAGGUCUGCGGAGGAAUGACUUAAUCAGGCUGAUUUACAUGUCAGGUUUGGAGUCAGGUCUGCGGAGGAAUGACUUAACCAGGCUGAUUUACAUGUCAGGUUUGGAGUCAGGUCUGCGGAGGAAUGACUUAACCAGGCUGAUUUACAUGUCAGGUUUGGAGUCAGGUCUGCGGAGGAAUGGUCUUCAUUCUGUUGAGAGCAUCACUGCCGUUUCUUGCUGCCGAUUGUGUCUGUUUGCUACUUGCUACUUUGCAUUCCACACCGUCUGAACUCUGUGAUACAAAGCGAGCAUAAAAAACAAAAAGUUACACAUGUGUCAAGGCUAAGUAAAUAUGAAUCUGUUUAAGAACUUUUUUUAAGAAUGUAUUUUGAUUAUAGAUAUUGUUUUGGGGGUUUUGUUUGUUUAAAUGUUGCUUGUUAGAAAAAAAAGUGCAUGAUGUCACUGUGUCCUGUUGCCAAAGCCGAUCCUCCUCUUCAGCAAUGUCUUGUUGACUGUUGUGUUAGAAAUUAUGGACUGGUCCUUGGGUUCUAGUGUCGUUGGGUCCUAGUGUCCUAGGGUCCUUGGGUUCUAGGCUCCUUGGGUUCUAGUGUCCUUGGGUCCUAGGGUUCUAGGGUCCUUGGGUCUUAGUGUCCUUGUGUCCUUGGGUUCUAGGGUCCUUGGGUCCUAGGGUUCUAGGGUCCUUGGGUCUUAGUGUCCUUGUGUCCUUGGGUUCUAGGGUCCUUGGGUCCUAGGGUUCUAGGGUCCUUGGGUCUUAGUAUCCUUGUGUCCUUGGGUUCUAGGGUCCUUGGGUCCUAGGGUUCUAGGGUCCUUGGGUCUUAGUGUCCUUGUGUCCUUGGGUUCUAGGGUUCUAGGGUCCUUGGAUCCUUUGAAUUUUUGCUGCUGCCAAAAAAAGAAAGAAAAAAGAUUUCCAGCCACUCUUAUGCUGUGAGCCUUCAGUUGUGCAACACCUGAACCUGGAAUCAUUUGCCAUUUUGUUGCAUAUUCGUAACUCAC